AUGGAGUUUUUGCGCCGUCUCAGUAAACGCCACCAGGAGCUGAAGCAGAAGAUCCACAGCACGCGCAUCCCCUUGUCCAAUAAUGGACAGCGCGUAAUGGCACUCGUUUAUUUCACAGCUCCUAUUAUUGGCGGCUAUUAUGUCAUGAAGUGGGCAGAGCGUCGAGCCGACGCUAAUUUUCAGCGUGAGGAGAUGGAAAUUCGUCGAGCUGCUGGAAGUAACGCCAAGUAUGUCGCACAACAGAACCAGCAACUGAAAAAGAUGCUACAUGACAAGCAAUAG